AUGGUGGGCGUUGCAGGGUGCGGCAAAACCGCGCUCCUAUACCAGCUGCAGCUCGGUAUGGCCAUCACGACUGUCCCCACACUAGGCUACAAUGUCGAGACACUCACCAUCAAUGGCAAAGAAAUCAACAUUUUGGACGUUGGCGGCGAUUGGAACUAUCGUCAUGGACUUUGGCGCCAUUUCAUACCAGGAGCCGAUGGUAUCAUCUUUGUGGUCGACUCUUCGGACGAGUCCCAGAUUGAUGCAGCAAAGACUGCGCUGUGCGGGCUCUAUAGAGAUUGUGAAGCGCAGUUGAAGAGGUCGGUGUUGUUGGUGUUUGCGAAUAAGCAGGAUCAGUUGGAUGCCUUGUCGGUGGCAGAGGUGAAGGACCGGAUUGGGAUGGGGCUUGAGACGAUACAGGCUGAAGGAGGGCGGUGCGUCGAAGGAAGCGGGAGAUUCUACCGCAACGAUCAAUACCAAGACUCGAGUAGUGAAUACCAAGGCUCGAGUAGUGAAUACCAAGGCUCGAGCAGUGAGUACGAUGACAGUUCCAUUUUGGGGGAUCUCAAUUUUAGAUUUGUUCAGGAAGUGGACGAGGAGCUGGAUGACAACGAGGAGCUGGGCGAGUUCACUGAGAGCGAGACAGACCACGAUACGGAUUCCGAUGAAGGAAGUAGGGAUAGUGAGGUCAGCUCAGAUGAGUUGGAGAUUACGCAGGUGAAUGCGAUGAUACGGUGGAUAUUGCUCGAGAGAUGA